AUGGGGGGGGGGGGGGGGGGGGAAUCUCUCCUUUCCAGGGCACCGAAUAAGAUCCAGAAGAAGCAAGAAGUGAAGAAAUCAGGGGGGUCACAUCAGUGGGAGAGGAAACCAGCGUCCCGGAGGGGCAGGCCCCUCCCUAACGCGGGCCAGGAGCAGGCUGUGGGGCUCCGGGGACCAAGGCGCGAAUACCCGUUCCGAGAGGUGCCUCCCGCGCCGCACCCCCUCCUUUACAAAAGCAACAACAAAGGAAGUGGCGGCGGCAGGGGGAGGGGGCGGCUCCUUCCUCUCCAACUGCAAAGCUUAGCCUCCGGAGAGGAGAGCCUCGACUGGGCCUCGGGGGGCGCUCCGAGGGUCCCUGAUCCCCGGGGGCCUCGCCGUCCCCUUUCCGAGCCACCAGUGAUUAACCCCUGUGGAGUUAGCUUGAUUUACGGUCCCCAGUUCCAGAGGAGAGAGGCAGGAGCCCCAGGGGUGCGAGAGUCGGGAGUUGGCAGCCCUGGCCUCGACUCACCUUCGUCCGCCCGGCCACACGUUGACUCCUUUGUUCGGGAUCUAGGACAGCCAAGCUGGGCACGGGGGCGGAGGAGGGGGCUGCCCGGACCCUUUAAGAGCCCCCGCCCUGCGGAACAAUGUGUGCUCCCCUCCCCACCCCCCGGUCCGGGGGCAGCCCGGCUCCUUCCGGGGCCCUCUCUUUGUUGUCCGCCCGACGGCUUCUGCCUCGCGAAGCCCACGCGCGGUCCGCCCCUCUCGGCUCAAGCCCUCGGGGAGCGCGGGCAGGAGGCGGCGCAGCACUGGGCCGGCUCUGCGCGGCUGCCGGCGACUGGCCCUUUAAGAAGUGUCCGCGGCGGCAGCGGAAGGAUCCAGAAGUCCCCCUUCAGGAAAGCUGUCAAAUGGAAAUAAUUCAGAAGGAAGUUUGGGAAACAGACAUGCUUUCAGCAGUGACAAUCAGUAUCAGACCAGUGAUAAUCAGCAUCACUGUGGAGGGGUAGCCAGCAACACAAUGACUGAAAAUGGGAUCCAGUUCACGAAGUGGUACUACAGGAGCUACCUGGAAUGCUAGACUGUAAUCAUCACAGUUAAAACCGUGUUUCCAUGAGAAUAAAUGAGGAAGGAUGCCUUCGUCUACCUGUUUCCUUCUCAACUCUUCCUUCACCUCCUAGGACCUUUCCAACCUUUUAUUUUCUCCACCAUGUAAAAGCAAUUUGAAAACCCUU